AUGAAGCAUUUCUUUGCUAAAUCUUACAGUAGAGAUGAGGUAGCGUAUGCUCUGAAGAAAAUGCCUCCUUCAAAGGAGUAUUGGCACAUUCUUGGGGAUGAUGUUGUGGAGGUAUGUCUAAAAAUCCUCAAUGGUCAGGAAAGUGUGAGAAGCCUGAACAAGACUUCGACAGAUCUCAUCCCCAAAAUUGAAAAGCCAGAAUUUGUGACUCAGUACAGGCAUGGAGCUGUUGAAGAUGACAGCCUACUCUUUCUUGAAGCAACACCCCAGGCCUAUAGAACCCUUAAAAGGGUGUUUGAGAUUUAUGAGCCAGUAGCAGGGCAAAAAAUAAAUUUGGAGAAGUUAGCAAUUGCUUUCAGACCGAACACUCCGGUACAUUUAAGAAAUGAGGUUAGCAGCCUUCUAAAGAUCCCAAUUGUUGAGUUUCAUGAGAAAUAUUUGGGACUACCAACUGUGAUUGGUAAGAGAAAGAAGGAUUGUUUUAACGGAAUAAAAGAAAGAUUGAGAAAGAAGCUUAAUGGCUGGAAAGAGAAAUUGCUUUUAAAAGCAGGAAAGGCUCUCCUUAUCAAAGCGGUGGCUCAUAAUAUUCCAAAUUAUGCUAUGGGAGUCUUUAAACUUCCUAUAACAUUUUGCGCAUAUUUGAAUUCAAUGAUCUCUAAAUUUUGGUGGAAGAAUUCAGAGUAUUGCAAAGCUGGUAAAGAAAGAGCUUCUUCAUAUGUUUGGAGGUCUUUGAUUUGGGGCCGUGAAUUGCUCUUUAGUGGGUUAAGGAAGAGGAUUGGAGAUGGACAAGAUCUCUAG